AUCCCACUUUCCCACUCACACCUUCGAAUUUUCUUUUCCUUCACUUUCCCGAGAAAAAAAAAACCCUCUUUCACUUUCUUGACUACGGUCUCACUUCGACAUGGCUCGAACUAAGCAAACUGCUCGCAAGUCCACCGGCGGCAAGGCGCCACGUAAGCAGUUGGCGACCAAGGCCGCCCGGAAGUCCGCUCCCGCGACCGGAGGAGUGAAGAAGCCCCACCGCUUCAGGCCGGGAACCGUGGCGCUGAGGGAAAUCAGAAAGUAUCAGAAGAGCACCGAGCUUCUCAUCAGGAAGCUUCCGUUUCAGAGACUCGUGAGGGAAAUCGCGCAGGACUUCAAGACCGAUUUGCGUUUUCAGAGUAGCGCCGUUUCUGCGCUUCAGGAAGCUGCUGAGGCCUACCUCGUUGGGUUGUUCGAGGACACUAACCUUUGCGCGAUUCAUGCAAAGAGGGUUACCAUUAUGCCUAAGGAUAUUCAGCUUGCUCGCAGGAUCAGAGGCGAGAGGGCUUAGGUUGGUUAGGGUUCUGAUUUUGAAGGAGGCGAGACGGCUUAGAAAAAGAAUCAUCUAUCUAUGUGUUUAUGUGGGCAUGUGAAACGUGAAUCUGUUUGCUUUUGUAAUUAUCUCGUGUUUCUUAGACAAGUUAAUUAAAAUGCUAUGUUGGUUCUCGGAGAAAAUUGUUGUUGAGUCUUAAAGAACUUGAUCUCGGAGAAAUUAAAUCUAUCCUAAAACUCAAGAGAUUGUGUGCCUUUUAUGUUUAACAAUACAGUAUUUGAGAA